AUGGAGAGCAGAGGUCCACUGGCCACAUGGCAUGGGCUGCUGCUGCUGCUGCCGCUGAUGCCUCCUAGCCACGCAGGAAGGGCCCUGAGACACACUGUCCCCAGCCAGAGGACUCAGGACCCUCCUGCUCUACACCUCAGCAAUGGCCCAGGACAAGAGCCUGUCACCAUAAUGACCUUCAACCUCACCAAGAUCACAAAAACCUCCUCUUCCUAUGAGUUUCGCACCUGGGAUCCAGAGGGAGUGAUUUUUUAUGGUGAUACCAACCCAAAGGAUGACUGGUUUGUGCUGGGACUUUGGGAUGGCAGGCCUGAGGUCCAGCUUCACAAUCACUGGGCCCAGCUUACAGUGGUCACCGGACCCUGGCUGGAUGAUGGGAGGUGGCACCAGUUAGAAGUGAAGAUCCAUGGAGACUCUGUGCUGCUGGGGUGGAUGGGGAGGAGGUGCUGCCUGCGUCUGAGACAGGUCUCUGGGCCUCUGGCCAACAAACCCCAGCCCAUCAUGAGGAUUGCGGUGGGGAGGCUGUUGUUCCCUGCCUCCAACCUCUGGUUACCACUGGUCCCUGCCCUGGAUGGCUGCCUGCGCCAGCAUGACUGGCUGGACCAACAGGCCCAGAGCUCAGCAUCUGUCCCCACUGGCCUCAGAAGCUGCUCCGUAGAGUCCCAACCUGGGAUAUUCUUCCCUCCAGGGACUGGUGCAGAACGCAGUCUUCAAGACAUUCCCCAGCCUCAUGUAGAGCCCUGGGCCUUCUCCCUGGACCUGGGACUCCAGCUAGCAGCAGGCUCAGGCCCUCUCCUUGCCAUUGGGACCCCAGAAAACCCUACUCGGCUCAGCCUUCACCUCCAAGAUCAAGUGGUACUGUCUUCUGGGUCGGGGCCAGGGCUGGACCUGCCCCUGGUCUUGGGACUCCCUCUUCAGCUGAAUCUGACUGUGUCCAGGGUGGUUUUGAGCCAGGGGCCAAAGAAGGAGAUGCUUACUCUGCCUCCUGUGGGUCCUGGCUCCCUCUUCAACCUUUGGGCCCAGCUGCAGGGGCAUCUCUUCCUGGGGGCUUUGCCAGGAGAGGCCUCUUCUGCCUCCUUUUGCUUGGAUGGCCUUUGGGCACAAGGCCAGAGGCUGGACAUGGACCGGGCCUUGAGCAGAAACCAGGACAUCUGGACUCACAGCUGUCCUCAGAGCCCAAGCAAUGGCACUGACACCACCUAUUAA